AUGGCGCUGGGCCGGCUGUCGGAAGAGCAGUACCGCCAGUAUGGCACAGAGAUCAUUCCGGGCUUCCUCUUCCUCACCAGCCAAUUCGAGGCCAAAGAUCCCGCCUUUCUCAAAGAGCAUGGCAUCACGCACCUCGUCAGCGUGGCUGAGGAAAGCCCGCCUGCAGUGCCGUUGCCGGGUGAGUCUUUGCACUUGGCACUGCGCGAUUCUCCUCGAACAGAUGUUCUCUGCCACUUCGACGAAGUGUUUGCCGUCAUCGAUGCCGCGAAGAGAUUCAAGAAGGGGCGGGCGCUCAUGCAUUGCCACGCUAUGAAGGCAAGAACAGGAGCGCUGUCUUCGUGA